AUGGCCGGCGGGCUCGCAGAGCAUGGGCUUGUUUGCUACAACUGGCCGUGGAAGGUUCUAAUGCCGGGCAAACAAUGGCCCACCACAACUAAGCCCAAAGGCAUUUCGGAUCUCACUCUAUCAGAGCACGCUAAACUCGUCUGCAGCCUUCAAGACAAAGGCCUGGAGCGCUUAUACUUCAAGGCAGUCCCAAAGAUCAAAGGUGUGAUUUAUUAUACCGUUGUUAUUGUAUCUAACAUGUUUAUAGCUCAGUUGAUCAACUGUACCAAGCCCGUUAUCCUGGGUGUUGCACCCCCACCCAGUUCCCGCCAUUCAUCCGGAUGGAGAAAGUUUGCCGAUCAGUCCACCAACCGUAAAGGCAAACCACGCCAAACCAACGCAUCUGCAACCCGUGUCAGCAAAAGAAAGUGCAAGGCGCACACUCACCACAGAAGUGAGCCCAAUCCGCAAGAAGGUGGUGGUGAUAAACACACUCCUUCAAAGAGGAGACGAGUUGAGGUUGUCAUUGAGCGUUCUCACAUGGCUCCUUAG